AUAUGGCAUUUACGGGUAUUGUUAAUGAUAAACUUACUGAAGAAAACUAUGAGAAUUGGAAGGAAUGCUUGAAAAGCUACUUGAUAUCGCAAGGGCUUUGGGGCGUUGCCUCCGGAGAUGAACUUGAACCGCCAAAAACUGAUGAAUGCAGGUACGAUUGUUGGGUUAAAAAGAAUGCAAAGGCAUUGCACGCAAUUCAAAUUUCAUGCGGAGCUGGCACCAUUGCCAGAAUUGGAGAAAGCGAAUCAGCCAAGUACGAGUGGGAUCGCUUGGCGGAAAAGCUUCCAGCACCACUGCCAAAGGGUAGUGGCUUGUUGCUAAAUGAAGGGGAAUCAAACGUCUUCUACUAUGAUGCCCUAUAUAGGGCUAUCGAAAAGGGUGAUUUGGAGGCUGUCAAAAUGUUCCUUGAUUUGAAACCUUACGCCGUGAGAGAGAAGAUUACUUUGAAAGAUGACACUGCCCUUCACGUCGCGGUUCUCGCCGGGAAAGAGGAGAUUGUGAAGGAGUUGGUGAGGAGGAUGGAAAAAGAUGACUUGGAACUCAAAAACAACAUGGGGGAAACCGCUUUUUCCAUUGCCACUAUUAACGAAUCCAAAGAGAUGGUAAGGGCCAUGGUGGAGAAAAAUAGCAACUUGGUUACGGUGAAGAAUGCCUAUGGGGCGAUCCCAGUUGUUGUGGCUUCGUUGUUUAGUGCAAGGGAUAUGGUUCGAUAUCUCUAUUUCAAAACUCCAGAGGAAAUUCUAAAACCAGAAAAUGGAGAUCGAAGUGGUGCCACACUUCUCAAUUCACUCAUUGCUGAUGGGAUUUUUGAUUUGGCCUUAAGUUUGCUUAAAAGAUAUCCAAAACUUGGGGUUACGGAAGAUAUAAACAAAAAUUACGCUGUUAAGUUGUUGGCCCAUAAACCAUCAGCAUUCUUGAGUGGAAAGAGUUUUGUAUUUUGGAAACGUUGGAUCUACAACUCAUGUAUAAAGAUAUCAGAAGUAGAAUUAGAAGAUGAAGGAAUAACCUAUGGUGAAUCAAGGGGUGAUGAAGAGAGCAUUAGAAGGCAACGGUCGCGUCCUAAUAAUGUGCGUAGUUCGCUAAUCAAAUUUGGUUGGAAGCUCCUCAAAUGGUUUGUCCCUGAUAUGAAGCAAAUUCACUAUGCAAAGUUAAAGCAUGACCAAGCCGUCGAACUCCUCAGAUACAUAUUUAAGGAGAUACCAAGGCUAAGUAACAAGCAGUUGGACAAAAUUGGAUUGGACAAAGCAAUCUAUGAUGCUAUCAAGCAUGGAAUGAUUGAGUUUAUUGAUGAAAUAAUACAACUCCAUCCCGAGGUCAUAUGGAGGAAAGACAAAAAGGGUCGAACUCUUUUCGCCAAUGCAAUAGUUCUACGGCGAGAAAAGAUCUUCAAUCAUGUAUAUCAUUUGGGUUCAAAGCGGCGCAUAACAUUACUUCGGCAUGAUAUUUUCCGCAACAAUUUUUUACAUCUAGCUGCAAAGUUGUCCCCUCCCUCUCGACUUGAUCAUAUCUCUGGAGCUGCUUUGCAGAUGCAAAGGGAGCUACAAUGGUUUGAGGAGUUGAGGAAGAUUCUACCCCCAAAAUUUGAGGAAGAGUUCAACGAAAACAAUAGAACUCCGGCAUCAUUGUUUUCUGCUGAGCACAAGGAGCUGAUUAAAGAAGGGGAGAAAUGGAUGAAGAACAAUGCAGCGUCGUGCAUGGUUGUGGCUACUCUCAUCGCUGCAGUCAUGUUCACAUCAGCUUUCACAGUUCCAGGGGGCAACGAUGAGAAAACAGGCGCCCCAAUUUUCCUCAAGUCCAACGCAUUUUUGGUUUUCGUCAUCGCUAAUUCUCUCUCUCUUUUCGCUUCCUCCACUUCUGUGCUGGUGUUCUUAGGAGUUCUGACGUCCCAUUAUGCUGAGAAAGAUUUCCUUCAAUCCUUGCCUGCAAAGUCCAUACUUGGCCUUUUUACUCUCUUCUUCUCCAUUGUCAACAUGAUGAUAGCCUUUGGCUCUGCCAUUUUCAUUACCCUUCAGAAACGGUUGGCUUGGAUUUCAGUCCCGGUCAUUGUUCUUUCAACCGUUCCGAUUGCUUUCUUUACAUUGUUACAGUUCCCUCUUUUGAUUGAAAUGCUCAUCUCUACUUAUUGUAAUCGCAUCUUCGACAAGCCCAAAAACUAACUUAUGAUCAAUCAUGAA